CUGCCUGUAGCCCGAAGCACCCACUGCCCUCCCCGCUCUGAGAGGCUGUCCAGCCAGAGGGUAGGCAUGGCGAGGCUGGGAGGCCCCUGCCUCUGCAGCUGCCUGGCUGUGCUCUCCCUCCUCCCCUUGCGGAGCCUGGCGCAGUACGAGAGCUGGCCCCACUACCCGGAGUACUUCCAGCAGCCCGCGCCCGAGUACCACCGGCCUCAGGUGCCCGCCGAUGUCGCCAAGAUCCAGCUGCGCCUGGCGGGGCAGAAGAGGAAGCACAGUGAGGGGCGGGUGGAGGUGUACUAUCAGGGCCAGUGGGGCACCGUGUGCGAUGAUGACUUCUCCAUCCAUGCUGCCCACGUCGUCUGCCGGGAGCUGGGAUACGUGGAGGCCAAGUCCUGGACGCCCAGCUCCUCCUACGGCAAAGGGGAAGGGCCCAUCUGGUUGGACAAUGUCUACUGCACCGGCAAAGAGGCAACCCUCGCAGCCUGCACCUCCAAUGGCUGGGGUGUCACCGACUGCAAGCACACCGAAGACGUGGGUGUGGUGUGCAGUGAGAAAAGGAUUCCUGGGUUCAAAUUCGACAAUUCGUUGAUCAACCACGUAGAGAACCUGAACAUCCAGGUGGAGGACAUCCGGAUCCGAGCCAUCCUCUCCGCCUACCGCAAGCGCACCCCGGUGACGGAGGGCUACGUGGAGGUGAAGGAGGGCAAGGCCUGGAAGCAGAUCUGUGACAAGCACUGGACGGCCAAGAACUCCCGCGUGGUCUGCGGCAUGUUCGGCUUCCCUGGGGAGAAGACGUACAACACCAAAGUGUACAAAAUGUUCGCGGCCCGGAAGAAGCCGCGCUACUGGCGGUUCUCCAUGGACUGCACGGGCACGGAGGCCCACAUCUCCAGCUGCACUGGCCCACAGGUGACACGGGACCCCGUGAACGUCACCUGUGAGAAUGGGCUGCCGGCGGUGGUGAGCUGCGUGCCUGGCCAGGUCUUCAGCCCCGAUGGACCUUCGAGAUUCCGGAAAGCCUACAAGCCAGAGCAGCCACUGGUGCGGUUGAGAGGUGGUGCCAACAUCGGGGAGGGCCGCGUGGAGGUGCUCAAGAACGGCGAAUGGGGUACCAUCUGUGAUGACAAGUGGGACCUGGUGUCUGCCAGCGUGGUCUGCCGAGAGCUGGGCUUUGGAAGUGCCAAAGAGGCCGUCACUGGCUCCCGGCUGGGCCAAGGGAUAGGACCCAUCCAUCUCAACGAGAUCGAGUGCACCGGGAACGAGAAGUCCAUCAUUGACUGCAAGUUCAAUGCCGAGUCCCAGGGCUGCAACCACGAGGAGGAUGCUGGAGUGAGAUGUAAUACCCCUGCCAUGGGCUUCCAGAAGAAGCUGCGCCUGAACGGGGGCCGAAAUCCCUUCGAGGGCCGGGUGGAGGUGCUGGUGGAGAGGAAUGGGUCCCUUGUAUGGGGGACCGUGUGUGGCGAGAACUGGGGCAUCGUGGAGGCCAUGGUGGUCUGCCGGCAGCUGGGCCUGGGGUUCGCCAGCAACGCCUUCCAGGAGACCUGGUAUUGGCAGGAAAACAUCAAUGCCAACAAAGUGGUCAUGAGCGGAGUGAAGUGCUCGGGAACGGAGCUGUCCCUGGCGCACUGUCGCCAGGAUGAGGACGUGGCCUGCCCCCAGGGCGGAGCACAUUAUGGGGCUGGAGUCGCCUGCUCAGAAACCGCCCCUGACCUGGUCCUCAAUGCGGAGAUUGUCCAGCAGAGCACCUACCUGGAGGACCGGCCCAUGUUCAUACUCCAGUGCGCCAUGGAGGAGAACUGCCUCUCGGCCUCGGCUGCCCAGACCAACCCCACCACGGGCCACCGGCGGCUGCUGCGCUUUUCCUCCCAGAUCCACAACAACGGCCAGUCCGACUUCCGGCCCAAGAACGGCCGCCAUGCGUGGAUCUGGCAUGACUGCCACAGGCACUACCACAGCAUGGAAGUGUUCACCCACUACGAUCUCCUGAACCUCAAUGGCACCAAGGUGGCUGAGGGCCACAAGGCCAGCUUCUGCUUGGAGGACACGGAAUGUGAAGGAGACAUCCAGAAGAAUUACGAGUGUGCCAACUUUGGCGAGCAGGGCAUCACCAUGGGCUGCUGGGACGUGUACCGCCAUGACAUCGACUGCCAGUGGGUGGACAUCACCGACGUGCCGCCUGGAGACUACCUGUUUCAGGUGAGGCAAAAUUACAGUUAUGAAGUAGCAGGCGAGGGCUGCGCGUCUGAUGUGCUAAACUGUCUCUCCGAUGCCCACCCCGCAGGUGGUUCCUUCAGUGAAGAGACGGAAAAGAAGUUUGAACACUUCAGUGGACUCAUAAAUAACCAGCUCUCCCCGCGGUAAGGCAGCUGCGGACCGCUCCCGCCUGCAGGCUCUGACCGAUGGACGCCACCCUCCCCUCGCCCACCCGCCCGCCGUCCGGACCCUGCGACCACGGCCACGCUCAGGAGGAAGGGGUGCUCCUGACUUGUGGGGGCUGCUGCAGAGCCCGGCGGCCCCCAGGAGUGAGUGUCCGCAGGCCGUGGGAGCAGCGCACCAGCCAUCCUGUCCGGGACCCCCGGUUGUCAUCAACGUGUCCCAUCCAAACCACAGCCCCCCAAGCCUGACACCAACCACCCUGCUCUGCUGACCACUGAUAACAUGGGGCCAUUUCUCCUCAGGUGCCACUUUGGCGAUGCCAGCUUAAACCUGAGGGGUCAGGCUGACUCGCUUCCCCUCCUCUUAGGUCGUUUCCAGCCAACUUGAAUGUGUAGAGCUCUCUUCCAGCUACACAGCCUCUCCUCCCCUCCGUCCUACCCACGUAUAAAAUAAGCUGCCACUUGUUUUCUGAGAGGUGAGCUCAGAGUUGGUGCUUCUCCCGCACCCCCUGCGUCCUAUUUUCAAGACAUUAUUAUAUUUUCAUGGACUUUGAAACACAAAGUAGUGGUAUUUAAUAUUGGCGAUCUAGGCCUUUGAAAAUAUAGCUCAAAGGAAAACCCGCCCACCUGUGUGGCUCCCGUUUCUGUCGUUGCGAGGCGGCGGGUAACUGCUAACGGUGCUAUAACCAGGGUCCCGGGUGACGAGGACACUCACCGAACACCGUGUCAUCACGGACACUUACACAUACUUGAAACUUGGAAUAAAACAUUUACGACGUG